CUUGAAGGUUUUAACGAAAUAGUGAUUUAUUAAACAAAAGGGUUUAGGCUAUUGGGAAUUUGGUUCAAUGAAUGAGGUUUAGCAAUUGUGAAAAACUGUAAGACUGAUGAUGAUGCUGUUUGUGUCACGGAACGCGCGAGCAAGCGUCGUGAUACUGCGCAUGGGCGGAGACUGUGACGUCAGCGCGUGAUAUCGUUCGCAGGCGGGAGUUCCGCGCGGCCUUUUCCUCGCAACAGCGGCUGAUGAAGAAGCGGAUACCCGCGAGAACUGCUCGUCCUCGUUAUUAGGCGUGGACGCGAUUCUGACUUUACACGACCGAUUCCUCGUUCCCGUCAGUGCAGAUCUCGUCGCGUUUGCGCGCGUCAGGAUGGAGCUCAUCACAAUCCUCGAGAAAACCGUGUCUCCAGAUCGGAAUGAGCUGGAAGCGGCGCAGAAGUUUCUGGAGCAGGCGGCCAUCGAGAACCUGCCGACGUUCCUGGUGGAGCUGUCGAAGGUGCUGGCGAACCCCGGGAACACACAGGUGGCCCGAGUGGCAGCGGGUCUGCAGGUGAAGAACUCCCUGACCUCCAAGGACCCGGAUGUGAAGACCCAGAACCAGCAGAGAUGGCUGGCCAUCGACUCCAGUGCACGCAGGGAGAUCAAGAACUACGUAAGCCCACAUCCCUCGUGCGAGACACGGACACCGGGACACACACAAAAAAAGCCCAUAUUGUGCGAGACACGGACACACGCUAGCCCACAUCCCUCGUGCGAGACAUGGACACACACACACGGACAACAGGACACACUCUUGUUCAAUCUCAAACUUUCAAAAUCUCAAAAUUUAGUUCAUUUAAGUGGUUUUAAAUGUUAUACUUUUAACUGCCAUAUUCCCCGAACACGUCCAUCUUUGCAAUCUUGAUCAUAUUCUAAUAAAUAAAUGCUUUACCUUC